ACACAUACACAGUGACCUGCACCUUGAUCGCUCGAAUGUAUUUCCGGCCCCUGCCUCGGUGCUUAAGAUCUGUGCUGCUGAGGUGAGCGACCAGUCCGAGAGCAGUUGAAUCCGAGUCGUCGUGGAAAACGGUUCUGAGUGUUCCGAGCACAAAAGCCAAACCCCUUUCCGACAACCAAGGUGACAGCGAAGUUUCGCAAACAUCAACAACAACACACCGUGUGGCUUGGUCGUUUAUUAUCAACCCCCAUUCCGGUGAUCGUUCGAGGAAAAAUCUUCCCCCUUUACUACGCGAAAAUCACCCGCACGCGCGUCUGUGUGUGUGUUGCGUAGCUUUUUCCCGGUCGGUGGCAUUUGUGGUGCGGCGUUUUUUGUAGCCCCGUAAAGUGUCUCCCUGUGUGUGUGUUAGUGCAUAUACAGUGAGUACGAAAAUUGCAUCAGUGUGUGUGUGUGCGUAACGCGUCGCCAGUGCAAAAGUAAGAUCCGUCGUUCGUGGUAAGAGAAAGAGAGAAAGAGAAGAAAAAACAUCGCAAGCGAAGAAACGAACCCAUCGGCAUCGAUACGCAAACACCGCAUCACGGUGCACUGAGCGAGAGAGCGAUAGCGAAAGAACGAGAGCAAACAGUUCUCGUUGCGUGUGCGCGCACCUCCUACCCCGUAUCUGUGUGUUCGCGAGCAGGCGAGAGAGAGAGAGCGCAGCUGAGAGGCCGCAAUAAGGGCAGAGAGCGUGCGAGAGCGAUAACGUGCGCGCGCGCCUGUGUGUGUGUGUGUGUCCCGCAGUUCGACAGUGAAGCAGCACCGGACCCGUCAGUCCACUCUGAGCAGGCAGCGGAAGCAGCAGCAGCAGCAGCAGCAGUAAAUCGUAAGCCGCAGUAGUUAGCAGUUGUCGCCCAAGAGUGUUCGCAGAGCCCAGCAGAGCGUCACCCGAGAAAGCAGCAGCAGCCAGUGUGCAAAAAGCAGCGAAACCACACACUACCACACCACCACUCCAAGCACCAAACACUCUUAGCAGCAAAAGAUGGCCGAUCAACUUACGGAAGAACAGAUCGCUGAAUUCAAAGAAGCGUUCUCGCUGUUCGACAAGGACGGCGAUGGCACAAUCACCACCAAGGAAUUAGGCACCGUGAUGCGAUCGCUAGGCCAGAACCCCACAGAAGCUGAAUUGCAAGACAUGAUCAACGAAGUCGACGCGGACGGUAACGGCACGAUCGAUUUCCCCGAGUUUCUAACAAUGAUGGCUCGUAAAAUGAAGGACACGGACAGUGAAGAGGAAAUCCGGGAGGCAUUCCGAGUCUUCGACAAGGACGGCAACGGUUUUAUCUCUGCAGCUGAGCUGCGCCACGUCAUGACUAAUCUGGGCGAGAAGCUAACAGACGAGGAGGUCGACGAGAUGAUCCGUGAAGCCGAUAUAGAUGGCGAUGGCCAGGUUAAUUAUGAAGAAUUCGUAACAAUGAUGACAUCGAAGUGAGCUACAGGUCGAUACAUUGCGCCUUUCUAUUUGUUUAUUAAGAAGACUGUAGCCACGCGCAACAACAGCUGCGCAACGCUAUCGAUUUGGAUUUAAAAAAAAGAGCGAGAAGCGGAAGCGGUGGAGAAAUGCAGCGUGGGAUUUAAUGGAGUGGAGGAGACAAGAGCGAGAGGAGGAUGAUGAUGAUGAUGAUGAUGAAAAGAAAGGAAGUGGAAAAGAGCUACAUACAACAACAAAAACGCAACGUAAAAGAGCAAGAAACCAUACAGAAAAGAGUAAAGCUAACGAGAGAUAAACAUUAAAUAAGAAAACUCUUAAGCAUAACACAGAAGUAAGCAGUAUACAACAACAAACAUGAUGGAAACAAAUUGAAAACACUACCUAAGCAUAGCAAAUCAACAAACAGCUUUUUGAUAACAUCUCCAACCGAUAUGAAAGAUAGCAUCAAAAAGCGCUGCCCGAAAAUAACAUCAGCAAGCAAAAUAAUAGCAAAACAGCAGCUAUAAUAUUUUAACAACUUUCAACAGCAGUAACAACAGCAGCAGCAAAAAAACAACAACAACAACAGCAACAGCCAUAAUAAUAUUUAAAAACAAAGCUUCUUCAUCACCACCACCACCACCCACCCACUACCAUCACAUUGAGACACAACAACACAACAACUCUCUCUUCCCACGCAGACGAAAGAAAGAGAAACAAGGUAAAAUUCUCAUUUCCAAAAAACAAAACAAAACAGAAACAAAACAAAACAAAACAAAAAGAGAAACCCGAAGAGAAAUCCUUAUUGCAAAAUAAAAGUAAACAAAAUGGAAAGGUACAGCAAGAGUCGGCAGAGAAAAAAAAAGGCAAAACACAUAUAACUUAAAAAAUUUUAAUUGUAACAACCACAAUUAUAAAUAAGAAGAUAAAUAAAAAUGGUAAAAGAAAGAAAAACAAAAAA